AUGCAGGCUUCCCUGGUUAUGUCUGCACCUCACCAGCAGUUGCCGGCUACCCAACUUGGCACACAGCAACAGGCCACGGUGCGCACAAUGAAGAAAUCCAACCCUCAGCAGCCCCAACAGACCACAACAGCCCAGGAACUUGUGAGCCUUCCCUUUCACAGUGGUACGCAGCUUCUCAACUAUGCUGAUCUUGCACUCGGAGUGAAUGGGAAAGGCAAUUUGGAGCGGCAGGCCCAGAGACCUUUAGACUUAAUAACGCAUUCUUGCAAAGAACUAGGCCUCAAGAUCUCCGCCGAGAAAUCUCUUGCAACGAUGUUCAAGGGGCCAGAUCCUGUGAAUAGAUUACGUAUUCAGGAUAUAGAACAUGAUUGGACAAGCUCCUACCUAUACUUGGGAAUCUACAUUGGUAAAAUGCUGACCUUUCAGAAACAGGCCGAGUAUGUCAGAUCCCGUGCUGUACUCAGACUCAACGCCAUGAGAGGCAUGACGAGGCACUGUGCAGGGCGAGCAAAGAAGUACAUUAUGCAGCACGCUCUUCUAGUACUUUUGACAGUGUUGGCCUUGUCGGGAGUAGUUACGAGUUACUUCUACUGUCAGGGAGGUGCUUAUACUGUAGGUGGACUGGCUGCUCUGAGAGGCCCUGCAUUCUAUGGCAGCUCUUCUUCUCGGCGCCGACGUCAUAGGUUCCACAGAAGGUACCGAGGUCCACACCAGCGCCGCAGCAGAAGACGCUUCGGGCGGGCCAUCCAAAGUGCCUCUGACGAAGAAAGCCUGCUAUUUUCUGCUGUGAGCCAACUCGAUCAUGAAGGCUGCAUUCUGAAGCUGCUGUGUCAUCUCCAGACAAGGAAGGAGGAUGCCCGCUCCCUAGAGGAGAACGUCCUGGUAGAUAUGUUUGCCAGUAUCACUGAGACCUCUCACAACGCCCCCUUCAUCCACGCUCUAUACAUCGGCACCAAGACCCACCACCCCACCGAAUGCGACAGCUACUUUUCCAAGUGUUCACUGAAUCACACACAGCUAUGUGACCUCUUGCAGCAGGCCUGGGGCUGCGGCUUCAACAUCUUCAACGAUCAUUUUCUUCCCUUAAAGUCGAUUUAAAAAAAAAAGGUUGAUAAACGAUUUCUUGUUUUCCCUCUUUGACAAAGUUAAGCUGAAUAUUGACCAGCUUUCUCUC